GUGAGCUGCCCCAUGGACAGGGCCCCACCGAGUCACCACAAAGCCACAAGGGGGCCUGAAACUGCCAAGAAGACCCAUACCUGCACUGCCCUGCCUCUAUCCCAACCCCAAGAGACAGUGGAUCAGAACCAGGAUGCUGGUUCCCACCAAAAGUCUUUCAGUUUCACCUCCACCCCUGGGUAUCCUCCCCGAAAAGCUCCAAGGAGUAUCUGAGCUCGUAUCUGGAUAAGAAUCGAAUAAUCCUGGGAUAGCCACAAGGCCUCACGGAAAUGCUGAGCACGACCCACCCGCACAGGAGGAAAACGGGUCAGGGAGUGACCACUACCAGUGUCAAGGUGCCCUUCAGCCUCCCCCAAGACCCACAGGUGACCUGACAACCAGGUGGCUCAGCCAUGAGAACUCAAAUUGAAGUGAUACCUUGUAAGAUCUGUGGGGACAAAUCUUCUGGGAUCCACUACGGGGUUAUCACCUGUGAAGGUUGCAAGGGUUUCUUUCGCCGGAGCCAGCAAUGUAAUGUAGCAUACUCCUGUACCCGACAGCAAAGCUGCCCUAUAGACCGUACCAGUCGGAACCGCUGUCAACACUGUCGCCUGCAGAAAUGCCUGGCGUUGGGCAUGUCCCGGGAUGCUGUCAAGUUCGGCCGAAUGUCCAAGAAGCAGAGGGACAGUUUGCAUGCCGAGGUGCAGAAGCAACUGCAGCAGCAGCGACAAGUGACCACUCCCCCUCCUGCAGGGACCAGAGGGGCAGACACCCCCGCCUAUACCCUUCCCCUCCCCAAUGGACAGCUACCCCUGGGCUCCUCACCUGACCUGCCUGAGGCCUCUGCCUGCCCACCUGCCCUCCUUAGCACCCCAGGCCCUGGACCGUCCUACCCUAAUAGUCUGGCCAAAAUGGGGCUGGCUGGGGCUGUGUACUGCCGGGGGUACAGCCCCGAUCGGGCAAAGGCUGAGGUCGGCAGAGCUUUCUAUGGCUUGGGUAGCCAGCUGUCCCCUGACAGGUGUGAGCUCCACAUUGGGGAACCCCGACAUCUGGUGCUUGGGGAGCCAAGCCAAGGGAGGGACUCGUACAGCAGCCCCAGCUUCCGCCUCGACCUCCCCAACGCCUCCCUGACUGAGAUUGAGCACUUGAUCCAAAAUGUCUGUAAGUCCUAUCAAGAGACCUGUCAGCUUCGACUGGAGGACCUGCAGAGGCAACGUUCCAACGUCUUCUCCCGGGAGGAGGUGAUCAAUUACCAAAGAAAGUCGAUGUGGGAGAUGUGGGAACGCUGUGCCCAUCGGCUCACCGAGGCCAUCCAGUAUGUGGUGGAAUUCGCCAAAAGGCUAGCAGGCUUCAUGGAGCUGUGUCAGAAUGACCAGAUUGUGCUGCUCAAAGCAGGGGCCAUGGAGGUGGUACUGGUGAGGAUGUGCCGGGCCUACAACGCUGACAAUCGCACAGUCUUCUUUGAGGGCAAAUACGGAGGCGUGGACGUGUUCAGAGCCUUGGGCUGCAGUGAACUCAUUGGCUCCAUCUUUGACUUCUCCCACUCUCUGUGUGCUCUGCAUUUCUCCGAGGAUGAGAUUGCUCUCUACACUGCCCUUGUUCUCAUCAAUGCCAACAGGCCAUGGUUACAAGAGAAAAGGAAGGUGGAGCAGUUGCAGCACAGUUUGGAGCUGGCAUUUCACCAUCUUCUGUGCAAGACUCAUCGCCAAGGCAUCCUGGCUAAGCUGCCACCCAAAGGGAAGCUUCGGAGCUUAUGUAGCCAGCACAUGGAGAAGUUGCAAUCUUUCCAGCACCUCCAUCCUGUUGUUGUCCAAGCUGCCUUCCCUCCGCUCUACAAGGAACUCUUCAGUACAGAAACUGAGCCCCCUGGAGUGCUAUCUGACUGAGCUGAAUGGCCAGUUCCCCUCCCCACCACAGUCUCCUGUCCUAACCUCAAGCCCUCCAUAGUUGUCUCCCUGCUGCCCAACCAUCAUCUGCUUUCUCCGAGUCCUCCCACCCCUACCCCUUCCUAUGGCCUCCAGAAGUGGCCUGGGGUAAGUUACCAUUCAGGCCAAGUGAUUGAAUUCAUUCCCUGAAGCAGUCUCAUCCUUACUGACCAGUUUGGCAGUAAUAUAGAUGGCUAGAGGGAAGAGAUGCUGGGAUCUCACCAGCUACAACUUUAUGAUGCUUCAUUUUCCCCAUCCCACUAAGCUUCUGUGAGGCCUAAGGAGCAGACAGUGGAUAUGGGUGAGAGACGAAUCAAGGCAGCAGAGAAACUCGGUGGCCACACUGGACAAAUUCCAAUUCUAAGCUCUGAACCCAAGAGGGGAUUUUUGAAAUACCUCAUUUCAUUUCCCAGAGGGCUGUGGCCAGGGAAGCCAGAUCAAGUUCAAAGACAGUUCAAAUCCAAAAGGAACUGUUCAUUUUAUACAUCACCCAGAAGUUCAUCUUUCCAUCCUUUUCUUCCAGGUUUUGAUAGAAAAUGAGCAGCCACAUUUCUUCACUGCCUUUUCAGGGGGCUUAGGAGAAACUAAAUGUGUUAAUGGUGUGGGCAGGGAUGGAGCAGGGGGGAGCAGAGAUAAUAACUGCAAGAGUUCAGUGUAUAGGGGUGAUGGAGAACAACACCAGGUUGACAAAUAUGAAGGGAAGAUGAGAACAAAAGUCACACGCACUUUAUACAUGGGAUACAGGAAUUGGUACAAACAUAAUCACAAACCAUACGAGUGUUCAUACAAAGGAGAAACACUUAAAGAUGCAUAAACAAGGUCCUAUCCAAAUCCACAAUCGAACCCAUAUGGGGCUUCAGGAAGAAGUGCCUAGUACUCAGAGAUCCCGGAGAAUGAUGAUGCGGGUCUUCUGAAUUCCACUGUCCUUGAGAAUUCCUGCUUUAGGUCUGGGAUGCUGCCACCUCUCAGCACAGUGUCAGCAGCACUUGGCCGCUGUACCUCAUGGCAUCAACAUGAGUAAGAACAGCCAGGCACAGACCAAGGAGAUGUCUGAAGUAGAUGACGCCAUCUCCAUGUCCUCAAAGGAUCCCCUCAGUCCCACCCACCAGACUUGCUCCUUGUUCUGGGGAGAUGAUGACACAAUAUCGUACAUUCUGUGAAAUGUCAGUUCCAGGCCACAGACUCUGGGUGGAGAGGGGAGAAGGGCUGAAGGUAGCCUUCAAAUACCCCCCCAAGAACUCUAUCCUGCCCCUAGACUUUUUACACCCUUACAAAUGGUUACUGUCCUACCCUUUGGAGGUGUAGGGCUCUUGAAGGGAGUGAUGAAAGCUGAAAGUCUCAUUACUUUUACUUUCUGGGGAAGGGUAACAAGGGAAAACUCAAUUCUAGAUUUGUGUCCUUCUUUAUAAGGUAAUUUUUAAAGGUGAUGGGGAGGGAGGACAGAGAUCAGGAAACGCAACAGUUUGGGUGAGAAAAUCAAAAAUGUUUGAGCUACCAUUGGCCAGAGUUAAACAAGGUUACCCAGAUGACCUGACUGAUUUCAUUCCUGUGCCAGAGAAAACCAUCAGCACCAUAAUCGACACUCACCAUGGUAUGGUGUGGUGAUUUGGGCUCUGGUCUGAGAGUGAGGAAGACAGUUCAAAUCCUGCCUCAGGCACUUACUAUGCGAAAUUACUGGAAGUCUGGCCCUCGGCUUCCAUGUCUUUAAAACGAAGGGGUUGUACUUGCCCUUUUAAAAAUAACUUCCUGCUCUAAAUCAAUGGUCUUAUGGUCCAAUCUCCCCCUAGCUGUUGGGAUUGAAACAUUUCACAGAGGGACCCAAAAUGAAAGGGUUUCAGUUUCUUCGUUUGUAAAAUUCGGGGGUUGGACUAGAUGAUUUCUGACAAGUCAGCUCUAACAUUCAAUGUCUAUAACCUCAUAAGAGGAUCGUGUUUCCUCAUCCAUAAAAUAAGAUUAGACUACAUGAGCUUUAAAGUC